AUGGACAUCAAGUCGUUCUUCAUGAUCUGGUGCCAGAAGAACGUCGCCGAGCCUUCGUUUGAGGUACGGCCGACAGGACCCAAGCAUCGGCAACGGUUCCUUUGUGAAUUGCGUGUCACAGGCCAGACCUACGUUGGCGUGGGCAACUCAACCACCAAGAAGGACUCGGAAAAGAAUGCAUCCAGAGAUUUCGUAAACUACCUUGUGCGUAGCGGAAAAAUACCCGAGGAGACGGUUCCAAAAGAUGCUACCGCGGAAUCCGGCACCGAUGGCACGGAUGGCGGCGGCGGAUCAAACGAUAACCUGGGCGGUGCUAGCGCUCCUCAGAAGAUGCCCGGACGCAAGAACGUUUUCAUGCAAGGCUUCGUGCCGCAGGACCUUGGCCAGGCGUACCGACCAUACGUUCCGUCGCUGCAGGAUGAGAAUCGCGAAAAGGACAACAUGGAAAAGAUGGAAGCGGCGGAAUCGCUUGACGUGAACGCUUCGAUCCACGGCAAUUGGACCAUCGAGAACGCAAAAUCCAAGCUGAAUCAGUGGAUGCAAGCUAACAAACUCAAAUCGGAGUUCAAAUUCAUUUCCAUCGGACCGGAUCAUGCCAAGAGUUUUAUUGCGGAGUUGACGGUUUAUGUAAAGGAGCUGAACCGCAACAUCACGGGCCGCGAGUCCGGCUCCAACAAGCAAUCGGCCAGCAAGUCCUGCUCUCUUUCGGUCAUUCGCCAACUGUAUCAUCUGGGCGUAAUUGAGGCGUUCAACGGUUCCAUCAAGAGCGUAAAGUCGUCGGAGCAAAUGGCUCCGUUUCAGGUGCGCAUUGAGAAUCAAUUAGCCCAACGCAUUCACGAGAGUUUACGCGAGCUCAACAUUGAGCCUGUAAAGCUGACCAACACCGAAGUAAACGAAGACCAUCCGGUAAUGCUGUUGCACCCUUCGGACGAUGUCCACCGUAAGCCGAAGACGCUGAACUUGCAGCAGCCGUCUUCGGUUAUUCCGUGGUCGCCACCCCAGCCGAACUGGAACGCCUGGUUGGCGUGCAACAUCGACGAAGGGUACCUUUCGACCGCGACCCUCGAUCAGCUUAGUGAUGACCUGCUGCGUGAUAGUCGCAGCCGUCUUCAGGAGGAUAAAGCGCUCCAGCAGAGCAUCGCGAUUCGCGGUAAACUGCCGAUCGCAACGAUGCGGAAUCGUAUCAUGACGGCGAUCAACGAGUUUUCGGUGGUCCUGAUACGGGGAAACACGGGCUGCGGCAAGACGACCCAGAUCGGUCAGUACAUCCUCGAGGAUUACGUUAACUCGGGCCAAGGGGCGUACUGUAACGUGUGCGUCACGCAGCCUCGCCGCAUCAGUGCCGUGAGUGUUUCGGAGCGCAUCGCCAACGAACGGUGCGAGGCACUUGGCGUGAGCGUCGGGUACGCAGUGCGCUUCGAUACCGUUUUGCCGCGUCCGUAUGGUUCGAUACUGUUUUGCACUAUCGGUGUGCUGCUUCGCAAGCUCGAGUCCGGUUUACGCGGUGUGUCGCACGUCAUUGUCGACGAAAUUCACGAACGCGAUGUGAACAGCGACUUCCUGUUGGUGGUGCUGCGCGACAUGGUGCACACGUAUCCGGACUUGCGCGUGAUUCUGAUGUCGGCUACGAUCGAUACGACUCUUUUUUCGCGCUACUUUGGCGACUGUCCGGUCUUGGAGGUCGAGGGGCGCACGUUUCCGGUGAAACAAUUCUUCCUGGAGGAUUGCAUUGAGCUGUUAAACUUCAUGCCACAGCCCCAGCAAGGGAACGCGGCCCCGAAGCGGAAGCGUUCGAAAGAUGACACCGACGAUCUGUUGCCCGGCAAUGGCGGUGACGAUGGUGGCACGGUAAUGCUUGGCGCGAACGGGGAGGUGGUGGAAAGUCCCAACUUGAACCAGCAGAUCGACGAGAAGCGGUACAAAGCUAACACGAAGAUGGCCAUGGGGAUGAUGAACGAAGAAGAAACAUCGUUCGAACUGAUCGAUGCACUGGUGGAGUAUAUCGAUCGGACCGGGCCGGACGGUGCCAUUCUGAUAUUUCUGCCCGGCUGGAACUUGAUCUUUUCACUCAUGAAGCAUCUGCAGUCGCGUUGCGGGAAUCUCGUGGUUUUGCCAUUACAUUCGCAGCUACCGCGCGAAGAUCAGCGCAAAGUUUUCGACCACUACGGGCAGCGGCGCAAGGUGAUCCUGGCGACGAAUAUUGCCGAAACUUCGAUCACGAUCGACGAUAUUGUGUACGUGAUUGAUGCGUGCAAGGCGCGCAUGAAGCUCUUCACAUCGCACAACAACAUGACCAACUAUGCCACGGUUUGGGCCGCGAAAACCAAUUUGGAGCAGAGAAAAGGACGAGCGGGACGUGUUAGUCCGGGCAUGUGCUUUACGCUCUGCUCGCAGGCACGAUUCCGGCGUCUGGAGGAAAACCUGACGCCGGAAAUGUUCCGCACACCACUGCACGAGCUGGCCCUCAGUAUCAAGUUGCUUCGGCUGGGUGGCAUUGGCCAGUUUCUCUCGAAAGCAAUCGAACCGCCGCCGCUGGAUGCGGUUAUCGAAGCGGAAGUGCUGCUGAAGGAGAUGAAGUGUUUGGACGAACAGGAGCAGCUUACCCCGUUCGGGAGGAUUCUGGCCCGUCUGCCAAUCGAACCGCGCCUCGGCAAGAUGAUGGUGCUCAGCACACUGUUCGGCCUGUGCGACCCAGUCACCACGAUGGCCGCUUACUCGAGCACAUACUCCGAGAUAUUUCAGCUCGACGUCGGUCAGCGUCGAUUGAUGCAGCACCAGCGGGCCCUUGCCGGACGCAUGAACUCGGACUACGUUGCGAUGCUGAUGGCCUUUGGGAUGUGGAGCCAAAAACGAACCCAAGGGGAAGAUGCCGAGAUUCGGUUGUGCGACUGGAAGGGUCUGCAGCUGCCGACCUUGCGUACGAUAGCCGAGGCGAAGCGUCAGCUGCUCGAUAACCUCCACCAGUCUGGGUUUCCCAUGUGCUCGAUGGAGUAUCAGCAUUUUGAUGCGCAAGAUCCCGAUCCGAACCUUGAGAUGGCGGUUGCGCUGCUCUGCGUCGGCCUCUACCCGAAUGUGUGCGUGCAUCGUGAACGGCGACGCGUGCUGACCACCGAGUCCAAGUCCGCCAUUAUCCACAAGACGUCGGUUAACUGUGGAGGAAACAUGUCAGCAAAAUCCAGCAGCUUCCCGUACCCGUUCUUCGUGUUUGGGGAGAAGAUUCGCACGCGUGCCGUGUCCUGUAAGCAGAUGUCGAUGGUCGCUCCAAUUCAUCUGCUGCUGUUCGGGUGCAAGAAGGCCGAAUGGCUCGGAGGCUCAAAGGUGCAGCUCGAUGGGUGGCUGAAUCUCGAGAUGGAUCCCUGCGAUGCCGCGCUCAUCGUGGCCCUGCGACCCGCAGUGCAGGCCUUGCUGAUUCGUAUCUCUGAAAACCCGGACGAUGUGCAAUCGCUGGAACCGAAGUAUGGCAAUAUGCUGGGAGUGAUUCGCGAGCUUUGUCGCUUCCAAUCUGGAGACUUUGAGAUCAGCGGACGUUGGGAUGGAACGCAUCCAAUGGAGUUCCGUAAGCAGCCACGGUUGGACCGGAACGAUGAAGGCGGUAUGGGCGGCGAUCGUGGUGGCGGAGGAAACUGGUACGGUGGUAGUUCAUUCCGAAACGAGGGCAAUUAUGGGCCCCAGCGUAAUCAAAGCAGUGGCCGAUACUUUGAUUCUGGGGCGUGGGGUGAACCGUCAGCAGGUCCGUCGAUGAGUCGCAACCAACAGUGGGGCAACGGUAACCAGCGGCAGUACCAGGGGAGCGGAAAUGGUGGCCAAAACUUCGGUUACGGUAAUUUUGGUAAUAAUUAUCGCAACUAAAGCAUCGAAGUAAGAUGCUGCGCUGUGGACACAGAAGCAGAACUCGACCGAUAGUUGGACGUUUCUAUUGAACUACAUAACAUUUAAGAUUGGAUGCAUUCACUACGGUGCAACCGCCAUUUCGCUGAAUUCAAAGAAUAGCAUGUAUUAACCGUAAAAGGAGUUUUGUAGCUAUUCGUCAGACUUUUGCUAUUCUACCCGAUA